UCCUCCUGCUCUUCAAACAGGAAAUGAUGACAGGACUUCCACCCAAAGGAGGAGGAGGAGGAGGAGGAAGAGAUUGUUCAGAUCGCUGUAGGCUGCAGUCAGAGCAUUGGAUGGUGGAGCAGUGAGACGCUGUGGACGGCAGCUGAUGGAGCAGAGCUACGGGGAGGUGAACCAGCUCGGCGGGGUGUUCGUGAACGGCCGCCCGCUUCCGAACGCGGUGCGGCUGCGGAUCGUGGAGCUGGCUCAGCUCGGCAUGCGGCCCUGCGACAUCAGCCGCCAGCUGCGGGUCUCCCACGGCUGCGUGUCCAAGAUCCUGGCCCGCUACAACGACACCGGCUCCAUCCUGCCCGGAGCCAUCGGCGGCAGCAAGCCCAGGGUCACCACCCCCGCCGUGGUGAGGAGCAUACGCGACUACAAGCAGGACGACCCGGGCAUCUUCGCCUGGGAGAUCCGGGACCGGCUGCUGUCGGACGGGGUGUGCGACAAGUACAACGUGCCGUCCGUCAGCUCCAUCAGCCGGAUCCUCAGGAAUAAAAUCGGGACACUCUCACAGCCGUAUGAGGGCAACAAACCGGCGUCGCCUCAGCUCCAGUACGGACAUGUCUAUCCGUACUCCUCCUACACCGGGGCCGCGGUCACCCACACCGGGACCAGGACCGGCAGCGGCCACGCAGGACACGUCGGUCUGCCGCGGAGCUGGCACAACAUCCUGGGCAUCCGAGCCUUCAACCCGACAGCACUGUCUGGACCUGAUGGACACACAACCAAAAUGGAGGACUGGACCAGUAUGACCAGUAUGAGACCGUUUCCCUCUGGAAUCAAUGGAGUGGAGAAAACCAGCAACGAGCCGGACCUCAAAUACCCACAGCAGUCUUCAUCCAGUCUGCCCGGUUAUGUCCCAGCUUGUGCAUAUUCCCCACCGAACCAGUACGGAGUGUACGGAGGUCCGGCAGCCAGCUACAUGAGCACCGGACACCACUGGCAGGCCCAGUCCUCCAGCCUCACUCCCAGUCUAACUCCGGGUUUGGCUCAGGCUCGUCCCGGCCCCGCAGCACCGCUGGAGGCUGCAGAUUUCCACACCGCAGCGUCUUUCAAACUACCACAAAGAGAAGAAGACAGGAAACCUCAGAGUCCUGUGUACAAACAUCCUCAUGCUGCUCACAGAUUGUCUUCAGCCUCGUGACAACGCUGAGGAGACACGAUGAAGACGAUGUGAUGCUGAAAGACUGGCAGCUUUUUUUAUGUAUGAGUCCUGACAAAGAGACUUUGACCGCUCCAGACCAGAACUGAGGACCCGACUGUUGCAACUCAUGAUCGAUUCCUUUAUUUAGUGAUUAAGUCCUAUUUCUCGGGCUGAGCAGCACAAAGACAUUCAGUGAAGGAAAAAUACUCCAAAUGCACCCAGAAAUUAAACUACAUCAACAGUUGUUUCUUUAUUUUUAACAACAAAACACUUUUUAUUUCCCCUUUUCACCUUGAACAGAAAUUCAUUUUUUAGUUUUUAGGAAACAUGCUCAUUAGCUUUUUUGCAGAGAGUUAGAUGAGAAGAUUGAUGCCACUUGCCUAUCUGUUAAAUAUGAAGCUAGCAGCAAGUUAGCCUAGCUUAGCAUAAAGACUGGAAAAGGAGAAACAGCUAGCCUGGCUCUGUCACAGGUAACAACAUCUGGCUCCCGGCACCUCUAGAGCUCUCUAAGUCACACCUUGAACCUCUUUUAUGAUGAGUUCUGUGCCUGAAUAUUUCCUUGGCUGGACACAAUAACUUCAGAUGAAACAGCAAAUCGUUGUUUUACACUUCGGUUUUUCUAUGAAUUAAACAACUGUGAUGUAUCGUGUUAUUUACUGAGCUUUAGAUGUGCUGGUAGCCAGAUGUUGUCACCUUUGGACAGAGCCAGGCUAGCAGUUUCCCCCUAUUUCCAGUCUUCAUGCCAAGCUAAGCUAGCUGUCUGCUGUAGCUUCUUAUUUAACAGACAUGAGCGUACCUAUCUAAUCAGAUAACGCUCCCUCAGAAAGUGAACAAGUUUGUUUCCCAAACUGUUGCUCAAAGCUCCAUCUUUUUCCAUAUUUCUGUCAUGAAAGGGAGCGUUUAAAUUUCAUUGGAACUGUAUCAUCUUGUAAAAUAUAUCGGUAAAGCUGUAAGUAUAUUUUUGUAUAAAUGUGCUUAAUAAAGACAUGCAAUAGAGACUGUA